GACAGGUUCCGACUGGUCAGGCAUAUCUCAGGAAAUCUGCGGCCCGAACCUCCGCCUUCCAGGAGUUGUGGGAUUGCCGCCCAGAGCCGCCCAGUCCGAGGAUCAACCUAGCCCUGGCUCUCUGGAUCAGGAGAGGCUGUGCAGGCCGGCGUUCAGGCAGCGAGCUCGCCAACUCACUCGGCCCAAUUCCUCGUCCUCUCGCCGGCGAAGAUGCCAGCCAAGGCCGAAGUCGGCUUAGCGCGCGAGGCUUCUCGGCAGAUCGUGGCCGGGGGUUCUGCUGGUCUUGUAGAAAUUUGCCUGAUGCAUCCCCUCGAUGUGGUGAAAACCAGGUUCCAGAUCCAGAGAUGUGCCACAGAUCCGAACAGUUAUAAAAGCUUAGGUGACAGCUUUCGAGUGAUUUUCCGAACAGAAGGGUUGUUUGGCUUUUAUAAGGGAAUCCUACCACCCAUCUUGGCUGAAACACCAAAAAGAGCAGUGAAGUUUUUCACCUUUGAACAGUACAAGAAAUUGCUGGGAUAUGUGUCACUGUCACCAGCAUGGACAUAUGCCAUUGCUGGAUUGGGAUCCGGACUAACAGAAGCCGUCGUAGUUAACCCUUUCGAGGUAGUAAAAGUUGGCCUGCAAGCCAAUCGGAAAACAUUUGCAGAGCAACCGUCCACCAUGGCUUAUGCAAGACACAUCAUUAAGAAGGAAGGCCUGGGACUCCAGGGCCUCAACAAAGGAUUUACGGCAACUUUGGGACGUCAUGGAGUUUUCAACAUGGUUUAUUUUGGCUUCUACCACAAUGUCAAAAACAUUAUUCCUGUCAAUAAGGAUCCAACCUUGGAGUUUUUGAGAAAAUUUGGGAUCGGUCUUCUCUCAGGGACAAUAGCCUCAGUCCUUAACAUCCCCUUUGAUGUUGCCAAAAGUCGGAUUCAAGGGCCUCAACCAGUUCCUGGAGAGAUCAAGUACAGAACUUGUUUUAAAACAAUGACAACAGUCUAUCAGGAAGAAGGGAUUUUAGCUUUGUACAAAGGCCUGCUUCCCAAGAUUAUGAGACUUGGACCAGGUGGUGCGGUGAUGCUGCUGGUUUAUGAAUACACCUAUUCAUGGCUUCAGGAGAACUGGUGAUUGCCUAGGAAGUGUUUUCCCCCUUGAGAUAAUGUACAGUUGCUGUGCAGCACCAUGAAGAGGGAAGAAGACUGACCAGCUAAGCUCAGCAUACAGUUGUGAAGGGGAAAACCGUUUGUUCAAGAGCAAAACCUAUUUGGAUACUUUGAAAAUUGUCUUUAGACAACUUGAGAUGAUAGUUUCGGCCAUUAACAUAAAACUGUGAGAAGAAAAA